AUGGAAAUGGACGAAACAUACAGUGCCAUCGAAGAAAACAAAAAAGUACGACGAUUAUUGAAUAUUGAAGAUUAUCAUCAACGUGCACAACAAAUCCUACCGCAAAUGACUUACGAUUUUUAUCGUACGGGAUCGGACGAUCAAGUUACAUUAGUUGAUAAUCAACUAGCUUAUCGUCGUAUAAAAUUACGUCCAAAAAUUUUUAUUGACGUUUCUUCUCAUCCACCAUCGAAUUCAGUGAAUCGUCAUACGAAACUUUUAAAUUCUUCUGUAACAAUUUCAUUUCCAUGUAUCAUUGCUCCAACAGCAGUUCACUGUUUAGCUAAUCGUGAACAUGGUGAAUUGGCUACAGUUCGUGCAGCUGUUACUCAUUCAACGAUUAUGUGUAUUUCAACACUUGCAUCAACUAGUAUGGAAUCAAUAGCUGAAGAGCACCGACGUCAAAUUAAAGAACAUUAUCCACAGAGUUAUUCACAACUUUGGUAUCAAUUGUAUGUGUUUAAAAAUCGACAACUAACACAACAGUUAAUUGAACGAGCUGAACGUUGUGGCUACAAAGCAGUUGUAAUUACAGUUGAUUUGUGUGUAUUAGGUAAUCGUGAAUGUGAUAUACAUAAUGAUUUCGCCUUGCCUGAUGGUAUUCGUGCUGAAAAUCUAAUUGAUGACACUGAUGAUAAUGCUUUUAAGUGGGCUUAUGAUUCAUCUUUGUCAUGGAAAGAUUUGGGAUGGAUUCGAUCGAUUACACGUCUUCCCUUGAUUGUUAAAGGAAUUCUGCAUCCUGAUGAUGCACGUGAAGCUGUACGACAUGGAGUUCAAGGUAUUGUCGUAUCAAAUCAUGGUGGGCGGCAGUUGGAUACAAGUCAAUCGGCGAUUGAAGCUCUACCAGAUAUCAUACGAGCUGUAAGAAGUGAAGCAAAAAAUUGUGAAAUGGAUGUCUAUAUUGAUGGUGGUAUUCGACGAGGAACAGAUAUUUUAAAAGCAUUGGCUUUAGGAGCAAAAGCUGUGCUGGUGGGAAGACCCAUUUUAUGGGGUCUAGCAGUCGAUGGAGAAAAAGGUGUGAACAAUGUGUUGCAAAUAUUGAAAAACGAAUUUCAAACGGCUAUGAUGUUGUCCGGAUGUCAAACUAUUGAAGAUAUUAGCAAAAAUGAUAUUUUAGUAAUGAAUGGCAAUAAAAACGAAUCAAAGUUAUAA